AUGGAGACAACGCCUACAGACGCCCUGUUGGUGAAGAGGCUUGUUCCAGAGGCAACACUCCCAAAGUGCGCAUCCCCAGGAGAUGCAGGCUAUGACCUCAGCGCAGCUGCAGACCAGAGCAUCGCAUCUGGCAGCUGGGGUCUCGUCAGGACGGGGAUAUCCAUUGCUGUCCCUGAAGGGACGUACGGGCGCGUCGCUCCACGCUCUGGCCUCGCUAUCAAGAACGGUAUUGUCGUUGGGGCAGGAGUGGUUGACAGGUCGUACCGGGGGGAGGUUGGCGUCGUGCUCUUCAAUCAUGGCCCAGGAACGUUCCAGGUCAGGAAGGGAGACAGGAUUGCUCAGCUCAUCUUGGAGAAGAUUGCCAGCCCGCCAGUCGUCGAGGUGGAGUCUUUGAGCGUCACACACCGGGGUGCAGGAGGCUUUGGAAGUACAGGGGUUUGA